AUGGUGCAAAAGGCAGCGGUUUCGGCAUGGACGGCGCUUGCUGUGGUAUUGGGGUACUUUGGGAGCAAUCCCCAUCACCUAGCCCGGUGGAGCAUUGAGCUGCGAAGCCGGAAGUGGCUUCUUACCGCGGCGCUUCUUAAGCACUCGUACAUGUGGGUGGCUAUAGUUCACCGGGCGCUACAUAUGCGCGGUCCGAGCCACCGAUACGACAAGGUGGCGUCCAUUGUGUGGAACGAGGAUCUUUCCCAGGCAUUGGACUACUUAGCGAGCAAAAGUCACGAGCCGGUGCACUGGGACGAGUCUACAAGUUCUAGGUUGGCUACAGUGUAUAGCGGUCUGUUUGAGCCCGAAAAGCAUCUGGACCCAAGUAAACUUGGUAACGCCGGCUGCGAUUGGGUGAAGCUUGGCUUUCAAGGCAAAGACCCCACAACAGACUUUCGAGGCACCGGUGCAUUAGGUUUGGAUCAGUUUGAAGCGUUCUGCACACACCCCCACGCAAAGCAAAUAUUUAUAGAGUCCGGAUCUGCUCCUGGCUCGACUGCGGUUGCAUUCGAUACGCCGUGGUACCCUGUUGCAUUAGUCUCAAUUCGUCUGACGCAUUUCCUGGUUCGCAAAAUGAUGGACGACCCGGUAUGCAUGGCUCUCAUUUGGGAAAGUGCAAGUUGCACACAUACCACAUUCCCUCAGGAGCUCGCGACGAUGCACACGCGGCUGAUGCUCGAUUUCCACGAGGCAUGGCAAAAUGCAGUUGAGCGGAAAGAGAUAACCAACUAUCAUCAGAACGAGGCCUUCAUCAAGAGCUUUGAACAAAAAACAGACAAAAUUAUCAAGGGUCCUGACACACCAGUUUGGAAAUAG